UUUCAUUUAAAUCCAGGCAGGCCCAGGGGCAGUCGGCCAUGACAAUGUCUUCACCAUACACCAAUCCACCAAUCAUCUCCUUCCAGCAUUGUGAUCCAAUCAAUCACAUUCUCUGUUUCAAUCAGGUUUUACAAGUCUGCCCAAUUUGCAGAAUUCGUCUUGAUGAUGGGAGAGCUGAAUUUCCUUUGCCUCCUGUUAGGCUGCCCUCAUUAUUCAUGAAUGCUGUAACCAAACCACACUGCCUUGCCAUUAAGCCAACCUAUGGUUCAUUUCUGCAAACAUAUAUGCCAGGUCAUUUCUUGCAUGCAGGGAUAUCCAAUUCCAAAGGUGUGGUUUACAACUAUGAUGAUAAUGGUAUUCACCAGGACUCCUCAUCAUGGGAACAGUGUGUGGUUAUUCCAUUACUUAGUUGCCAUGACUACGAGAUGAAGCAAGAAUGGGAUACAGAGCUUCAUCAAUUGUCUAUGUCCUCUGGAUGGACGCAAGAGAGAUACCAUGAAGAGAUUAAUAAUUGUUUUGACUUUGUAGUAGGAUUCCUGAAUCACAUUGACUACAACCAAACAGUGAAGCAUAUCUCUAAACCAAUCACCAGAGAAGAACUCUGUCAAGAUUACAUUGUAUCCAUGACAACCAAAGCUGCACAGUACAUCAGUAUUCACCAUGCAAUAAGAAAAGAUGGAUACAUUAUUCAAAGAGACUUACCAAGCUGACAGACCUUU